AUGGAAGUGAACGAUAGGAAUAAGCGAGCAGAGAAAGAAGAAAUCGAAUCCGACAAAAAGAAGAUACAUAAGAAAGAAGACGGCGACGACGACGAUGAUGUGCUAUUCUAUGAAGGCGAUUCAGACAGCGACUCAGACGACGAGUUUGCGUUCCCAGGUUGGAUUGUCGAAGAAGAUUUCUGGGACAGGGCAGCUCCGAUGAUCGAUGGCGUUCAGUCUACAGACGGCGAUGAUAGAAACUGCGACAAGGUAGGACUCUGUCACAAUCACAAGCAUGCGGCGUCGUUUAAGGGGUUACGCAUUUUUGAAUUGUUCAAGGUUAGGCUCAAAUUGAAUGAAAAAAUCCGUAGCGCUCCCUUGAUUAAUAGCAGAAUUUAUGGCGAGAUUGCAACAUGGCCACAGGAGUUUGAGCUUGAAAAUCCUGACCCAAUUUGUUAUUACAGAGUGAGUCAUUUACAAGCUCAUACCAUCAAUCUUAACCCCAAAGAAGUAGUUCUUCUUCCCCUAACCAGUCCCGAACCCAGACCCCCUUUAUACGAAGACCAGGUUAUUUAUCUGGCAUUUGCUUUGAAGAUUGAUGACGAGGAUAUAUUUGUUCACGGCCAAAUCGACAACAGCAACAACCUGUUCCCAGGCGAAGGUAUUUGCAGAUCGGAUGCUUUGGUUGUGAGACCCCACAAUAGUAAGGCCCUUCGCAAGUACGGCGGGCCCAUCAUCAGGAGAUCACUGGUUGGUGAUCCAGAAUGCGAUCCUGUGCUAAUGGACGCGUAUUACAGCAUGUAUGACGGAGCGUGGGCUACUGUCAGUGUAAAGAUGUUGCUUGAAGGCAUGAGCAGGUUUUCCGGUUUCAUCGUUGCCCGUCCUUGCAUAUUCUACUCAAGGAUUCGUUUGCUCACGGUUAAACGAGCGGAUGAGGAAAAGAAGACAGUGGUGAUUCAGAGAGGUGACGAGGGUCGAGUGGGAAUUGAUGGAAGCAUUAAGCUUACAAGGUCGAUGGUUGCUGUACCGUGUUAUUCCUCCCUCGUCAUUGGGGCCGUGCUCUACGAAGCAGAUGGCGGCAGGUGUAUUUGUCGUGGCAAGACUUUCUUUCCAGCAAAGAAAACGGGGGAGCAAACCAAGCUCAUUGUUUUUGAUGGUGUCCCCACACUCGAAGUUAGUGCCAAAUGGAGUUGCAGCGUUGACAAGAAACACUAUGAGUCGUUUUUUAAGGCAAUGCGUGAGCUUGGAAUUGUUGGACCCUUUGGGAGGGAUGGAGCACUGAUUAAUUCAGUUAUGGAUUUUUCCCUUCUCUCUUCCAUUUGCAAACCUAGGGCCAAAGAAAAUGAGGUCGACACGAUAUAUAGGGUGGCGAUUGCACGUUUUGCACUUCUAUUUCGUGACUUCGUCUGCUAAUAAUGAGCUGUAUAGUUUUUGUUAUCAUUUUCUUUCUUUUUUGUUUAGCUUAUAUUUAUAGCUCCUAGCAUUAACAUAUAUACCUUGUUGACCUUAGGUAUAAACAAAUUCCGUUGUUAAUAUGGUUCUGAUAUCAUUGGUUUGAAACACAUUUAAGGAUUAGAUGUUCUGAAAUUUUUGAUCCAUUAACAGACUCCACGACGAAUUCAGUACAUGUGAGUUUAUAUUGCUCAGGAAUCUAUACACACACACACACAUCACAC